AUGCCGCCUCUUGCCCUAGAGGACGAGGACGAGCUGUCCAGUAUCGAUGGAGUGGGAGCAGAGGUUACUGUAGCCUCCACCGAACGAAACACAGACGGUGACGGAGACGGAGACGGAUCCGCAGACACAGACACUGCGGUGAAAAAAGACCCGAAGAUGGCGGCCACAGAGGAAUUUGUCACACACGCAACGAAUCCAGAAGAUAACGCUUUGGGCGAACAAUUACAGAGAUCGGCUGAAGAAAGCCUGAGCGACGCUGACGGCGGAACUGUUUCCGUUGCUCAAACGGAUGUGAUCGAAGAUGUUUCCAUGGUUGAUGUUGACGCUGAAGGCGAGAAGCAAGAGACCACUUCGGGCGAUGGGGCCGAGGAAGAGACGGGAGAAGAGGGCGAUGGCGAGAGCGACGCCUCGGAUAGCUCUGGAGAUGCAGACGCAGACGCAGACGACGAUGAAGAUGAUGCUGAGGCGAGAUCCGAAUCUCCAGCAUCGGGAGCGAGUGACGCAGAUCAAGAAGACCUAGAAACGAAAGGACGAUGCAUAUUUUGCAAGCGAGAAGAAAGUGCACCCGUUGGAGGAGCUGAGUCCGAUUUGAGCUGCUCUGAGUGCGGCAACCGAGCGCAUUUGCAUUGUGCCCGGGAAAGGGAUGCGGUGAAGGAAGAAGGCAACGUGCAAUGGCAGUGCCCCGAAUGCCCGAAGAAAGGCACACUGUCACAAUCUCCGAAGGAACAGACUACUCGAUCCAAAAAUUCCGCGCCUCGACUUGUCAGAGACCUGUUACCGGUGACGCGUGGUGUGCAAAAGCCGAACUCGCACUCGAUCUUUGCGCAACCGCUUAUAUCAGAAACCGAAGACGGAGGACGUGCACUUAGGAAGAGAAAGUCGCCGACGCAGGAGCCACCGACAACUGAGAAGAGACGUCGAAGGGUUACGCCUCGAGCGUUGGGAGGUGCAACAAGCACCAUAGAAGUGGACAAUAAGUCGGAAGCUGAAAGAGCCAUUGCGCAUUCGACCAGAAGAUCCAGCCAGAAAAUAGCACGGCCUGUGGCGCGGAUACUGCAGCAUCGCCCCUUUGAGAAACCGCCUCCUCAUAAAUUCAUUCUCGCAUUUCGGCUAGACCAAGUGAAAGUCGCGGAGAUUCUGAGCAAACCCCCUCGGCCUGGUAGGCGAAAAGAGAAGAAGGACAGGAGGAAGCCCCCGAAAAUACCUCCACCAAUCUUCCAAACCCCGGUUCCUAAGUUCCCGGCACUACCGACGCAACAUCUCAUAUUCCCCUCGGCAUUUACAGACCGGGAGGCUGAAGUCAAUGCCAAACCGUACGGUGGUAUUCUCUCGGAAGCUGAUGCAGACACGAGUCGGUCGCUACCGCAGCUGAAGGACCGAGAGGUCUUCGAGAUUGCCAGAAAAGAGGCAGAAGAGGAACGCCGGAAAACAUCUGCGGCGGCUGAGGCAGAGAUCCACGGAGAUGUGGCAGCGACAAAACCCAACCGGACCGUGUCAGGACCACCCAGCAAAAUCAAGUGCAUCCAAUUUGGAAAGCAUGUCAUUGACACGUUCUAUGCGGCUCCGUAUCCAGAGGAAUACUCCCAUGAAUCGAGAUUGUUUAUCUGUGAGUUUUGCUUGAAGUACCUGCCUUCGGAAUUCGUCGCAUACCGGCACAAACUGAAGUGUCCGGCCAAACAUCCUCCCGGAGACGAGAUCUAUCGAGAUGGCACCAUCUCAGUCUGGGAGGUCGACGGGCGCAAGAAGACCGAGUACUGCCAGUGUCUCUGUCUGAUGGCCAAGAUGUUCCUUGGGUCCAAAACCCUCUAUUACGAUGUCGAGCCCUUCCUCUUCUACAUCUUGACCGAAUAUGACGAACUCGGGUAUCAUUUUGUGGGAUACUUCAGCAAGGAAAAGAGACCGACAAGCCAGAACAAUGUCAGCUGCAUUCUGGUCAUGCCUAUCCACCAGCGGAAGGGCUACGCGACUUUCUUAAUCGACUUCUCGUACCUGUUGACAAGGAUCGAAGGCAAAGAGGGAUCGCCAGAAAAGCCUCUGUCAGACAUGGGGCUGACGGCAUACCGUUCGUAUUGGGAUCUGACGAUAUCCAGACACCUUCUAGACUUGGGCCUGAAGCCGUUCAGCACCAAGACCCUGAUGGCAAGGACUGGGAUGACCGCUGAUGAUGUGAUCCACUCACUCGAACGACUCUACGCCUUCACUCGAGACCCCGUGACUAAAACAUACGCUGUCCGGUACGACAAGAAGCUGUACGAGGCGACCGUGACUGAAUACGAGUCCAAAAAGCAUCGAGAACUGAAACCGGAAAACCUGAUCUGGACCCCCUAUGUCAUGGGAAGAAGCGAUCAAGCUACACUCGAUGGCCAACCGCUCCACUCUCUUGCACCACGGGAUGAUGAGGUCGACAAGGAGGAGGAGGAGGAGGAGGAGGUCGACAGUCAAACCGCAUUGUCAAAAGUAGCAAACUCCCUCAAUGAUGCCGCGGACGUUGAAGCCGACCAACUGUCACUGCGACCAAGGUCUCAAUCGACAAGGGAACGGUCGCAACAAGAAUCCACGGCGCAGGAAGAUGUUAAGGACCCGUCUUUGGUGAAUGAGCAAGGCCACGUUGCCCCUGGGCCACCACCGACCGACGCUCUCAAUCAUGCAGUCACUAGUCAUGUCGCUCACCCGGAGAUUGUCAUUAACGACCUCGUCAAUGGCGAGCCGACAGCUGAAGAAGAAGCUGCAAUCAACAAACAGGAUGGGCCUGCGGAAGAGCCACUGGGUGGUUAUGCACUGGCGUAUCGCACGCAUGCAAUCCCUCCCACGCGCUUCCAGAUCGACCCUCCCAUUCCGUCGGCCAUGCUCCGCAGACAGAACACGAAGAGACGAAACCAUACCAGCGCGUACGGUGCUCAGAAAACGAACGGGCUCGCGGACACGCCGUCGGCUCCGGUCGCCGUGCGUAGCUCCCCGCGGAACGCUGUCACCAUCAAUGGCGGCGCGGCAAACGGUCGCCCAAGUCCCCUCGCCUCACCGGACAAACUCCCUGACACGCCAGUAAGGCGCAGUGGGAGGGGAAAGAGAAGUGCUCUUGCUACCGUGGAGAGUGCUGUCCCUGGUCUGGAUGGGAUGGUCGAUGACGAGGAGGCCGGAGGUGAUGAGGCCUCUCGUCAAGUGGACGAAGUGAAAGCCGAAGCAGACGCCGAGGAUGGUGAUGGCGAGGAGGCAGAUGAGCUGGAAGGCUCAGCCUCAUCUUCAAGCGAAGAGGAUGACGACGCUUCCGUGGCUGAGCAGGACGAGGACGAGGACGAGGACGAGGAUGAGGACGAUGAUAAUGACGAUGACGGGGACGGGGAUGUCGAACUCCCAGACGACGAAGAGAGCGAAAGUGCGAGUGCGGAGGGGGAUGAAGAUGGCGACGACGACGACGACGACGAUGAUGCCGAAGUCGAUCUUGAUGACGCCGACGAAGACGACGACGAAGAAGUCGGCGAAGAUCAGGACGAAGGCGAUGACGGCUGA